AUGUCGGCCAACACAAGUACCCGGGAUAAAUUACUUGGUUUGCUCGACGACUUCGAACUUUUGAGCAGAGAGCUGAUUGAAAAUUUGAGUGCUGGGCGACAACAAAAGAUUAAUGUUCAACAUCAGUUACUCCUUACAGAGCAGCUUGUAGCCACGGAUAAUGAAAUAAAGGCUACUUUAAAAGUUGCAGAACACCAAGCAGAAGUAGAAAAAAAAGUAGAUGCUAUUAAGGAAGAAAUAGAAACACAAGACCAACAUAUUACACAAAUGCAAAAACAUUUCAAAGAAGCAGAAAACAUAUUGGCAACAGCGUUAUUUCAAGCAAAACAAAAAUUACAAUCCAUCAACAAAGCAAGCAAACAUCCUGUAUCCUCAGAAGAUCUCAUAAAAUAUGCUCACCGAAUAAGUGCAUCUAAUGCAGUGUGUGCACCUCUUACAUGGCAACCGGGUGAUGCACGUAGACCUUAUCCUACCGAUAUUGAAAUGCGAAUGGGAUAUUUGGGAAGAUUAAGCGAUCUACCACUUAAUGGACAUAUAAUGCAGCCUCAAGGUCUAGCUGAUAUGGUGCGAUCAAAUAAUCAAAUAGAUCGUCAAGCCUCUCAACAAAAUCAAUUUGCUUGGCAUUCAACCGGUGAUAUGCACUUAGGAGUUGGUAGCGGAGUCAUAGAUACUAGAAAUCAUUCUAAAGAUGUUGCGGAAGAUGUUGAAGUUAUGUCAACAGAUAGUAGCAGUUCUUCAUCCAGUGAUUCUCAAUAG